AUGGAUCCGUCCGGCAUAAUCGGCGUCAUUGGCGUGGCGGGCCACAUAAUCACAAUGUGCACCAAACUCGGGUUGAACUGGCGGGACGCUCCAGGCGACGCCAAGAAACUCAAGAGUGAGGUAGAAAGCUUGCACAAAACUCUUUUGGAAACAUACAACCACUUGAUUCAGGAUCCCGACUUUAUAUCCGCUUUCGAGGGCAGGCACUCGGCGGUCCUAUCUGACCUAGCAGCAAUUUCGAAUUCAGACGACUCAGCUUUGCUAUUCACCUGCAAACAAGAGCUGGGAGAUGUACUCAAGAGGCUUCAAAAGCGACUUAAUGGGAGUCGCUUCGGGCGGGAACGACUGAAAGCAACAGUCUUUGGCGAACGGACGCAGUCGGCGAUUGGAAGUCUGCAGAGGCGAUGUCAGGUUAUCAAUAGCAUGAUCUCCAUAGACAACACCAGACUUGCCGCCAAUACCAACCUAGAGGUCCAGUCUACAAGGAAGCAUCUCGAAGAAAGGGAUCUUGACGAAAAGAAGAAAGGGAUUCUGGACUGGAUCACACCGAUCGACUUUGCUGCACAGCAGAUUGACAACCUCGAGAGAAGACAAGAAGGAACUGGACAGUGGCUUCUCGAGUCUCCAGAAUAUCAAACUUGGGUCGAAGAAGACCGAAAGACACUCUUUUGCCCAGGAAUGCCAGGCGCUGGAAAGACCAUGCUCUCAUCGAUCGUCAUUGAGCACCUCCAAGAUCGGUUCGGCCAAGAUUCUGCAGUUGGCAUUGCUUAUCUAUUCUGCAACUUUCGACGACAUGACGAGCAGAAGCCUCGGGAACUACUCGCCAGUAUUCUGAAGCAGCUCUAUUGGGACAUGCCUGUGGUAUCCAAUGAAGUAGAGAAAACCUAUGAGAAGCAUCACUCCGGCUCGUCUCCGAUGUCUAAGCAAGAAAUAGUAGGAUGUCUUCAAUCUGUGAUGUCCUGUUUCACCAAGGUCUAUGUACUGGUCGACGCACUUGAUGAGUGCCGAGGGGAUGAAGGAUACCGAGAUACUCUUCUCACAACUAUACUGGGACUGAACGAGACUGUCAACGUCAGUUUCUUUGCGACAUCAAGGCACAUACCAGAGAUUGAGAGCUACUUUGACGGCGCUCCAUCAAUCGAAAUUCAGGCUACUGAUGAAGACGUGAUGAAAUUCCUGGAUGGUCACAUUUACAAGCUUCCCCAAGCUGUGAGGAGGAACAAGGAGCUUCAGGGCGAAAUUAAACACAGCAUCGUUCAGGCUGUACAAGGAAUGUUUUUGCUGGCACAACUUCACUUAGACUCAUUACAAGGCAAACGCUCAGCAAAACAAAUUAAAGACGCCCUUUCUAAACUUGCCAGGGGAUCUGCAGCGUACGAUGUUGCCUAUGACGAAGCGAUGGAGCGCAUCGAAGGACAGCUUGGUGAUCAAGAGACCCUCGCUAAAGACGCGUUGUCUUGGAUCGUGUGCGCCAGGCGACCACUUAAGACAUUGGAGUUACAACACGCUCUUGCUGUCGAGAGCGGCACAACUGAAUUGGAUAAAGAUAACAUUACUGAGCUGGAAGAUGUUGUAUCAGUCUGCGCCGGACUGGUCACUAUUGAUGAAGAGAGCAGAAUCAUUCGUCUUGUUCACUACACUACGCAGGAGUACUUCGAGAGAACCGCCGAACGGUGGUUGCCAGAUGCGCAACGACUGAUCUUGGAAUCAUGA